GAUGUGUGCUGCGUUAUUUUCCUAGGCCCGCUCGCGCACGGAUGGCAGCACGUUGUAGGGCCCAGCGGUAUGCAAGCGGUAUGCAAGCGGUAUGCAAGCGGUAUGCAAGCGGUAUGCAAGCGGUACGAAAACGCCAUGCGAACGCGCGGGAGGAUGCUGAGACGCCUGGGCGCAGGCACAAACGGGCAAGUGCGCAGAAGCGCGAGCAGCGUCUCGUAUGGCUACCUAAACCUAACGGUCAGUGAUAAAAUUAUGCCCUACGUGGAGGGGCUAAAGAAGAAGGUGAUAUACGUCAGCAGUUCCAAAGACUGCAAAGCGUACGUGCAGGAAAUUCAAAAGGGUGUCCAGGCUGGCAAAAUAAAUUGCAUCGGCCUGGAUGUAGAAGGAUAUAAAAUAGGGAGAAACGGCACAGUAAGUAUCAUACAGGUAUGCACGCAGGAUGUGUACCUGUUCGACCUUUACAAAUGUGAUAAUAGCUAUUUGUUUGUUAAAUGCUUAAAGGAGCUACUGGAAGAUCGACGAGUUAUAAAAAUUACACAUGACUGCAGGGAGGACUGCUCCAUUCUGUUCAACCAGUAUAGCAUUUGCCUUAACAGGACAUUCGACACGCAAGUAGCUUUCAAUUUACUUUUGAAGGAAACGAAAAAGGACCUGUACCAAAUAAGUUACGACGAUUUACUGUAUAAGUGCCUACUCUUAAAUAAUAAGCACAAAAUAUAUUUUCAUAAAAUGAUUUCGCUCGAUCAGAAGAUUUAUUUGAAGAGACCCAUCGCGAAGGAGCUGAUUCAGUAUGCCAUCCAAGAUGUUAUAUAUUUAAAGCCGUUGAUGUGGAGUUUGGUGGACAGGCUACUCCGUGUGUGUAAAGACGGCGAGGCGGGACGUGAGCCAUUUGGUGAGGACGGAGAGGCAAGAAGUAACCCAUUUGGUGAGGACGGAGAGGCAAGAAGUAACCCAUUUGGUGAAGAAAACCCGCGCAGCAUUAAAAACGGUGAUGAUGUGAUGAGCGAAGGGGCACACAGCAACCUAAGUGAACAUAAGACUAACAUAAUAAAACGUGUUACACGGCUAAGUGAGAGGUACAUCAACUACCAGUUUUUAAAUACGCAUGUUAAAAAUGAGAAAGAGCUACAGAAGGGAAUGACCCUCGAUGGCAUGGUCGUCUCCUGCAACAAUUUAAAUCUCUAUGUUAAGUUGAAUUUGAGCAGGAGGGGCGUCAUAACGAAUUGUAUGCGGAACGACUUCGAAAUUGGGGACGUGGUUAAGUGUGUCAUCCUGGGGUUUUGCAAUAAUGAUUACAUCAAGCUGGGGUUGUGCGACCCGUCCCUGUGCGCGGUGAAGCGUGAAGAGGGGCGGUAA